AAAUCGCUCGAGUUACGAUCCAGCUGCAUCAGAUGAUGUUUCUCCUCAUUUGAGUGUUUUGAGGGCUACUCUUAUUGGGUGAGGGGUGAUAGACCCGGGGAUUUUCAUCGCUGGCGGAUGGGGAUGGAUGGUGCUCUUGGUGAGGAGUAGCUUGGUGUUUUUGAUGCUGAAUGGGUGAUGGUGUUGUAUUUGCAGUUUGACGAAACCUUCCCUGCAUGGUUCUGCGCGGGCUGUUUUCUCGCGUCAUGACCUAAUUCAGAAGGGCCUUCUGACAUCUGAUGGCAUUUCAUAUCAAACCGACUCUGAAAACAGAGUGACGACUUGCACGCAACCAUGUCUUUCCACAGUGUGGCUAAUCGCCAUGAUGGUGAUGGUUAUACUGCUAGAAAGAACUCGACAGAGGAGUCUUCUGGUCUUCUGGACUCACCCCAUAGCAACUCAGAUGAGGCGGAUCGCAAUCGACGACAAUGGCCACUGUUUUUGAUAGUGAUUGUCGUGGUUGAAACGUUGAUUCUGGCUAUUCUAGGCUCCGGGAUCGUAUAUUUUCUUUCAAAGCCUUCGUUUCAAUUUCCUCCAAAUACUGUUCACUCACCGGCGCAACAUGUAAUUCGUUUCAAGAAUGUCGUCUUCUCGUCCAGUUUCAAACCGUACUUGACCAAGUACCAAGGCCCCCCUUCACCAGAAACAGACGACGCAUGGCGUGAGCUCUAUAAUUACCCAAUCUCCAGAAUCGAUCGAAAGGAUGCCGCAAAGCUAGCAAACCGCACCGUUCCCAUCCCAAGAGACCCAGACCACUACGCCGUGUCAAUCGACGUCUUCCACCAACUCCACUGCUUGCAAAUGCUCCGCAAAAGAGCCUGGUAUGCCGAAGGAUACAACUUCGACCACGACAUGAUGAAUAUCGACCAUAUGGAUCAUUGCAUCGAUAGUAUUCGGCAGAGUCUUAUGUGUUCGGCGGAUGUUACUCCUCUUACAUGGACUUGGGACGAGGAAGAUCAGAAAUUAGAGCCGGUGGCCACGAUCACGCAUACUUGUAGGGAUUUUGAUGCGGUUAGGGAGUGGGCGAGGGAGAAUAUUGUGAGAGUGUUUGAUACUAGUGUGCGUGUUGAGCCGGAUGUUUGACGUUGGCGCUGGGUUGUGUAUUAUGUGUCGAUAUUGAAAUGUGAUAUUCAUGUAUAGCUGUCUUCAAGUGUACUAGUUCCUGUUGUCUAAACCAUCUUGUGGGUGAUAUGGAC